AGAACCAGAUGAUUGCCCUCGCAAUAAUGUAAAAAAUAAAUAAUUAGCUGUUUCCAAAUAAUCCAAAUUCCAAAUUCCUUGCACUAAGAGCUGCCGUGCGUGAGUGUGUCGCUGUGAGUGUGUCCGGGCAGUAUCGUGUCUCGCUCCCCAAACAACUACAACUGAAAAAUAAGCAAGAAAAUUGCUGAAGAAAAUCCCCAAAUCGAAAAUCGAGUGAAAGUUUUUCUCGUCUUUGUUUUGUAAUUGUGAUUUUCCUGCCUGCCAGCCCGCAUUACUGGCAAUAUUGGAUCGACGGCUAUAUCGACGCUGCUGCGGGCGCGGGUGGCUGACGCGAUUAUAGCAAUACUAAUACCUAUAUAGCUACCAUAGCUCUCGCGGGCCGAUUUCUUGGCCCUAUUGUGAUUGUGACAGCGCCAGUGUUAUAUAUUUAAAUCGAAUCGAAUUGAAACGCCGUCGCAGUCGCGUUUUCUGGGACUGCUGCAAAAGGCCUUGCGAAUUUCUGCGCCAGACAAAGCUAACAUCCAACACCGUUCAUUAACAGAGCAACUGCAUCACUCUGGCUGGCUCCGCGCACAAAACGAUGUGCGAUACCAAAGACGAUGCGCAGAAAUGGAAAUGUGAAAUUUGCACCUACGAGAACUACCCAUCCUCGCUAAAAUGCACCAUGUGCCAGGCUUCAAAGCCGCUGCUCAACGAGGACAUCUUCCGUCUGAGUCCGGCGCAGGACAGCAGCUGCAAUACGGAGGAGGCGGCUGCCGUUGAAGUGGCCGUAAUGUCGCCCACGCCCUCGUCCACGUGCUACUCGCUCCAGCCGCCGAACCAGGCGCGGCAGAGCAACGUGGCGGACAGCGAAAAGUGGCCCUGCAAGGUGUGCACCUAUCUCAACUGGCCGCGCAGCCUGCGGUGCAUCCAGUGCUGCACGAAGCGCGGCGGCGAGGUGGUCAUCGAGCGGGGCAAUAGGGACAACGAGGCGGAUGCGGAACGCGCAGGGGAGGCACUGCAAGCCCUUCGCAUCAGCGGAUCGGAGGAGAACCUGGCCAAGAAGCCGGCCCAGCUAAUCGGGGCCACGGCCUCGAAUCGCUUGAGCCUCAGUCCGGGCAUCGACGAUGCCACGCACCUGAACAACCUCGCCAAUGCAUCCCACAACCAGUCGCAGUCGCAGUCCCAGCACCGACAGCCUGCCCACCAGCAGCAGAUGCAGCUCCAGCUGCAGCCUCAGCAGCAGCGGGAAUCCUCCUCCUCCGCAGCCGUCCCAGCGCCGCAGCAUAAGCAGUGCUAUGUGGCCAAGUGGGCGUGUAACUCGUGCACCUACGAGAACUGGCCGCGAAGCAUCAAGUGCUCCAUGUGCGGCAAGACGAGGGAGAUCAGUGGGUCGCAGAACGACUUGCACGCCUCCUCUAGCCUAAACAGCCAGGAGGAGCAUCAGCAUCAGCAACAGCAGCAGCAGCAGCAGCAGCAACAAAACGUGGACACCGUCAGCGUCAACAACUCAUUCAAUAAGAAGCACAUUUACCAACUGGGUUCUUCGGAAACCAUCAACAACUGUGAUACGCUGCAAGAGCGGCAGGAGCGCCGCCAGCGUCAAAUCCGGCGCCAGGUGGACUGGCAAUGGCUGAACGCCUGCCUGGGCGUCGUAGAGAACAACUACAGCGCCGUGGAGGCAUACCUGUCCUGCGGCGGCAACCCUGCCCGCUCGCUGACCAGCACGGAGAUCGCCGCUCUCAACCGCAACUCGGCCUUCGACGUGGGCCACACCCUGAUCCACCUGGCCAUUCGGUUUCAUCGCGAGGAGAUGCUGCCCAUGCUGCUGGCCCAGAUCUCUGGCUCGGGGCCGGGCAUCAAGCGCGUACCGUCAUACGUGGCUCCCGACUUGGCGGCCGACAUCCGGCGCCACUUUGCCAAUACCCUGCGCCUGCGCAAGUCCGGCCUCCCCUGCCACUAUGUGCAAAAGCACGCCACCUUCGCCCUCCCCGCCGAGAUUGAGGAGCUGCCGAUCCCCAUACAGGAACAGCUCUACGAUGAGCUGCUCGACCGCGACGCCCAAAAGCAGCUGGAGACGCCGCCGCCGGCUCUGAACUGGUCGCUGGAGAUCACUGCUCGCCUCAGCUCCCGGAUGUUCGUCCUGUGGAACCGCAGCGCGGGCGACUGCCUUCUGGACUCAGCCAUGCAGGCCACCUGGGGCGUCUUCGAUCGCGACAACAUCCUGCGGCGGGCACUCGCUGAUACACUGCACCAGUGCGGACACGUGUUUUUUACUCGCUGGAAAGAGUACGAGAUGCUGCAGGCUUCGAUGCUGCACUUCACGCUGGAGGACUCGCAGUUCGAGGAGGAUUGGAGCACACUUCUCUCGCUGGCCAGCCAACCGGGAUCGUCUUUGGAGCAGCUGCACAUCUUUGCGCUGGCGCACAUCCUUCGACGUCCCAUCAUCGUGUACGGCGUCAAGUACGUGAAGAGUUUUCGGGGCGAGGACAUCGGCUAUGCGCGAUUCGAAGGUGUCUACUUGCCUUUGUUCUGGGAUCAAAACUUCUGCACCAAGUCACCGAUAGCACUGGGCUAUACGCGCGGCCACUUCAGCGCCCUGGUGCCCAUGGAACCCUUCACGCGCAUCGAUGGACGGCGCGACGACGUCGAGGAUGUGACGUACCUGCCGCUGAUGGACUGUGAACUGAAGCUUUUGCCCAUACAUUUCCUCACACAGUCCGAGGUGGGCAACGAGGAGUCGAUGAUGCGCCACUGGCUGGAUGUGUGCGUAACCGAUGGAGGGCUGCUGGUGGCGCAACAGAAGCUCAGCAAACGUCCAUUGCUGGUCGCCCAGAUGCUGGAAGAGUGGCUUAAUCACUACCGCCGCAUUGCACAAGUGAUAACGGCGCCCUUCAUUCGUCGACCCCAAAUCACACACUACUCCAGUGAUGGCGACUCGGACGAGGAGUAAUUGCGACACAUCCGUCAACCAGCUUUAGAUUAGAUUUGUGUGCAUAUUAUUGAAUAUUGAAUAUCCUUAUUUUGUACUUUUGGCGAUCGCUAGCAGAAGAUGUUGAGAGGUGAAGAACAAGUGCAGAUCCUACACACUUGCACUCGCAGUUAGCUAAAGGAAACUAUAGAGAAUACAUAUGGAAAUAUUGCAAGCAGUUGAAAAGUUGUAGUUGUAACUAAAUUGAAGGCAAACUAAAGGUUAUGCAGCAAAGUACGAAAUAGAUUGAUUGACGAAUGUAUAUCAUAUCCGUUCCCAAUUCAACGUUCGUUGAUUUUAGUCAAAUUUAUUCACACUGGGUCGCCGAGGCAUUGUAGACCAUAUAGUAAACGAAAUUGAAGCUAUACACUGGUAGAUCUAUUUACACUCACAUCUCAAACAAUCCAUUAAAUGAAUACGUGGCCGACAGGCAGAAGAGAACUUAAGCGGUGGAACGCAUACACCUAUGAACACCCACGAAAACCGUCGACGGUGCGGGCUUAAAUUAUUACAAAUCUCAAUGACCUAUUACAUUUUAAACAGGUGGCGAGUACACAGCAUAGUAAUACUGUCGGUGAAUAUGAAAUCGUCAUUGAAAUGUUAAUUGAUAGUUUAUAAAACACUUUUUGGAAUUAUUAUGAAUCAUUACACAUUCAUGCCUAUAAAUAUAAUAUAUAUAAUUAUAUAACAUAUAUAGAAAUCCUAUGGUUCUAGAAAGUUGAACAAAGGGCCAAUAACAUAAUGAAUUUUACUCUAACUGUAUUAUAAAUGGAAUUUUAUCUCAUUAUUAUUUUUGUUAGUAAUGUUAUUACAAUUAUUAUUAUUACUACCUUUUAAGAAAGCUUACUGUGCAAAUGUACACGCAAAACGCAUAAAAAAGAAAUCACUUAUUUAAAUAAAAGUUUUAAGUAAAGAUUUAAACGAAAGCAAAUGCUUAAAA